AUGUCCUUUUUGGCCAAGGAAUUACUAGUAGGUUCAUCCAAUAUAACUUCAAAUCUUUCCAGAAAGUCGCCAAGAACGAACUCCAGGAUCGACUGAAGGAGAGAAAACCCGAGAAGAACCAAACGGAUCGGUACGAACAGAAUAUGUAUCCCAAUUGUGAGUGUCCUUCUGUUUGUUUGCUUGCUUUUAUCUACUUAAAUAAUCUUUUCUUGUUUUAGCCAAUCAACCCUAUGGAUAUCAACAAAAUCAGCAAGGAUACCCACAACAAAAUCAACAAGGGUACCCUCCUCAAGGAGGCUAUGGAGGACAAUCCAGCUAUCCCGGUCAACAACCCGGGUACCCUCCUCAGUCCGGCUACCCCAGCCAAGCCGCAUAUCCAAGUCAGCCAGGGUAUCCACCCCAAUCCGGAUCGUCUACUUAUCCCCCGAACCCCAAUCCCUCUUCUCAAUAUGGCUUCAAUGGGCCUCCAGGUAAUCCGUCUGGCCAGAUUGGUUUCGUAGAUCCCGUAUACCCAGCUUCAUCGCAAGGUGUUGGGUACCCUCAGCCCUCAAAUCCAGGCUAUCCUCCAUCCUCCGGCUAUCCUCCUAAUCCUGGUUAUCCUCCUCAAACUUCCGGCUAUCCUUUCGGGUCUUAUCCUCCACAAUCCCAGCCUGAAGGUUUGCAUCAGCCAUCGUAUGGAGCUCAGCAGAAACACGUAUUCGAUUCCAUGCAAAGGCAUUACCCCGGCCCUGCUCAGUCAGGUAAACUUUCAAACAUGUGAUGAGAUUUCCCAAAACAUUUCUUAUGUGACACAUUUUUAUUUGCCUUUAAGGCUUAAAUGUUCCACCCCUCAUUACAUUCAGUAAACCUUUUUUUAAAGCGACGCAUCACGUAAAAAGGUCCUUUCUAUUUAUGGGUAAAGUUCUUCGGUUUAAUAACUCUCGGUCUCCAUCAUUCCAAUUCGCCGUUAUUUUUCGGAGAAAUGCAUGUCAAGCAUCACUUACAUUAGCGAAUGUUUGUAAUGGGAAUGUUGUUGUGGGGACGGAAACAAAGGUCACCUUUGAGAUGAUUCACUCCAAGUCCAUCCGUUCCUCCCCUCUUCCAAAAAAUCAGCCUCCCUUCCAGUUCGAACGUUGUUUACUAUCAAAGCCUAUUCGUCUCUUCGUCCGGUUUAGCAUUUUUCCGCGCACUUUAUCCUUUUUUAAUCCAAUAUUUUCCAGCCAUGUACUCUAAUCCUUCCAUCAAGCCUGAUCCCAGCUGCAAUCCCCAGCACGAUGCUGAGACCUUGAGAAAAGCGAUGAAAGGACUUGGAUGCAACAAAGACAAGGUCAUCCGAGUUCUUUGUACACGUUCAAAUGCUCAACGACAACAGAUUGCGUUGGCUUUCAAACAACUUUAUGGCAAAGAUCUGAUCAGUGAACUCAAGUCUGAGUUGAGCGGAGACUUUGAGAACUUGAUCCUGGCCCUGAUGGAGAACCCAGUCAAGUAUGAUGCCGAUCAGUUGCGCCAUGCUAUGGCUGUAAGUGGAAUGCUACAUCAGCUUGUGCAAUUCAUUCAAAAGUAAUUAAAAAAAAUUUUCAGGGAAUUGGAACUCGUGAAUCAGUACUCAUCGAGAUUAUGACUACUCGAACCAACGCUCAGAUCUUCCAGUUAAAGCAGGUCUAUAAGCAAAUUUAUGGUAGGGAACUCGAGCAAGACUUGAUCGGAGAGACAUCUGGCCAUUUCAAACGUCUUCUUGUCUCUCUGUGUACUGGUGCCAGAGAUGAAAGCAAUCAAACUGAUCCCCUUAGGGCCAAUCAAGAUGCCCGAAAACUCUAUAAGGCCGGAGAACAAAGGUUGGGAACGGAUGAGUCAGCUUUCAACGCCAUCUUGGCUUCCCAAAAUUAUGCCCAGUUGAGAAUGGUCUUCGAUGAAUACCAAAAGACCUGCGGCCAUAGCAUUGACCAAGCAAUUGCCUCCGAAUUCAGUGGGGAUAUCAGAGAUGGAUUGCAGGUAGCUUGACACAUCCUAUGCGUUAUACUUGGAACCUUUCAGGCUGUCAUUAAAUCGAUUAGAAAUCGACCUGGCUAUUUCGCGGAGCUCCUUUACAACGCAAUGAAAGGAAUGGGAACUCGUGAUGGAGAUUUAAUCAGAAUCGUGGUCAGCAGAUCCGAGAUUGAUCUGGCGGAUAUUCGCAAUGAAUAUUACAGAAUCUACGGUAAAUCCCUGGAGAGUGCCAUCUCCGGAGAUUGUUCUGGCUCUUACAAGGAAGGCCUCAUCGCUUUGGUAAAAGGAAAUUAA